AUGGUUCGCGUCUCCGUACUCAACGACUGCUUGAACAAUAUCGUCAAUGCUGAGCGCCGUGGCAAGCGCCAGGUCCUCAUCCGGCCGUCAUCCAAGGUCGUCGUCAAGUUUUUGAGCGUCAUGCAGAGACAUGGUUACAUUGGUGAAUUCGAGAUUAUCGACGACCACCGCUCUGGCAAGAUUGUGAUCCAGCUUAACGGGCGUCUGAACAAGACUGGUGUAAUCUCUCCCCGGUACAACGUCAAGCACAACGAGAUUGAGAGCUGGGUCAACUUGUUGCUGCCUGCCCGUGGGUUCGGAAUCAUCAUCCUCACUACGUCUGGUGGAAUCAUGGACCACGAAGAGGCGCGUCGCAAGAACAUUGGUGGAAAACUUUUGGGAUACGUGUAUUAG